AUGGUGUACAGAAAAGCCGCCGUUGAUAUAUACUUUAUCGCUGGGGAAAUAAGCAUAAUUCAGGCCUGCCUGCACAUCCAGCUUUGCAAUAAACUGCCUGGAGCCGGCAUUGCUGUAGGUGGCAUUCACUACCGGCCAGUUGCCUUCAGAAAUACCCAUCACAUAGGGGAAGCCAAACUUGUCGAACUUGAUGCCAUAAAUUGCAUCAUAACUGGUAGUACCCAGUGCCUGCCAUCUGCCGAUUCGGCUAUGCCAAUACCUGUACCGUGCACCCAGGCCACGCCGGUAGUAUCUGCAAUGGUGGCACGCCGCCAGAAGACACCCGAUUCUACCUAUAAUAUUGAUAUCGCCCUGCAGCCACUGGCCGCCAAUGCCAGCAUUAUCUUAAAGAAUAUUUUCUUUGAUGUAAACAAAUUUCAAUUGAAACCUGAAUCGCAGGUAGAGCUUGACAACGUAGUGUUGCUGCUCAAAGAAAAUCCCUCGGUAAAAAUUCAAAUCAAUGGCUAUACGGACAAUGCCGGUAGACCUGCCGACAAUAUUACACUCUCCAAUAACCGCGCAAAAGCCGUUGUAGAAUACAUCAGCAACAAGGGCAUAGACGCCAAACGCAUGAGCUACCAGGGCUUUGGAGAAAAAAUGCCGCUGGCAGACAAUAGCUCAGAAGAAGGCAGGGCCCGCAACCGGCGCACAGAACUGAAAGUAGUGAGCCAGUAA